CCUGUAUUCCUUUAAUAAAUUGGAGCCAGAAAAAUCAAACUUUAAUUAAAGACUUGUAUACAACAUGCAAUGCAACCAUCCAUUUGAAGUGGGCAAUUAUUGAGAUUAUGACAUAGACACAUACUGAUACUACAGCUUCUAUAAGUUCUUAACCCUUUUCUUGAUUUUACUUCAAACAUUUAAAAUUUAAACUCUUUAUGUUGUUUCCUUGUUGUUUUCUUUGUUUCUGGAGUUUGUAAUAAUGGAGGAGGAGAAUAGGCAUGGACAUGGACAUGGACAUGGAAAUGGUGGAAGAAAGCUUUCUCAAACACCCACUUGGUCUGUUGCUGGAGUUUGUGCUUUUAUUAUUCUCAUUUCCUUUCUUUUGGAAAAGGCUCUUCAAUCUAUUGGAAAGUGGUUGACAAACAAACAAAAGAGGGCCCUUUAUGAGGCCUUGGACAAGAUUAAAGAGGAGUUGAUGGUUAUGGGAUUUAUCUCCCUUAUAUUGACAUUUAGUCAAGGCUAUAUCACUAGAAUUUGUAUCCCUUCCAGAUUAGCUGAUCACAUGUUACCAUGUGAAACGGAAAAUGGUGUCUCCAAUAAUGUGCACCGAAGGCUAACAUUUGAAGGAGUUGAUCAUAAAUGUCAUGAGAGUUCGAUUCCACUCAUAACAAUUGAGGCUGCUCAUCAGCUACACAUCCUCAUAUUCUUUCUGGCAGUCUUUCAUGUGCUCUAUAGUGCCGCAACCAUGAUGCUUGGGAAGCUCAAGAUUAGAAGCUGGAAAGAUUGGGAGCUCGAGUGUUCAUCACUUGAGUAUGAGUUGAGAAAUGAUCCUUCAAGAUUUAGACUCACCCGUCAAACAACUUUUGUGAGAACGCAUGACUCCUUUUGGACAAGGAACCCGUUUUUCUCUUGUGUGAGAUGUUUUUUCCGACAAUUUUUCAAGUCAGUUUCGAAGGCAGACUACAUAACAUUAAGACAUGGAUUCCUAAAUUCUCAUAUAGCUCCUGGAAACCAAUUUGAUUUCCAACAAUAUAUCAAAAGGUCCCUCGAAGAUGAUUUCAAGGUGAUUGUUGGUGUCAGUCCUUUAUUAUGGGCAUCUUUUGUGAUUUUCUUGCUUCUAAAUGUCAAAGGAUGGCGUGCACUUUUCUCGGCAUCAAUGCUUUCAUUGGUGGUUGUUUUAGCUGUUGGAACAAAGCUCCAAACCAUCUUGACAAGAAUGGCAUUGAAAAUCACAGACAAGCAUUCUGUGAUCCAAGGCAUUCCUCUUGUGCAAGGUUCAGAUGAAUAUUUUUGGUUCUCUAAUCCUCAAUUCAUUCUUCAUCUCCUCCAUUUUACGCUGUUUCAGAACGCUUUCCAGAUAACAUAUUUCUUGUGGAUACUGUAUGAAUUUGGAUUGCAGUCUUGUUUCCAUCACGAAAGAAUCUAUAUGAUGAUUAAAAUACCUAUCGGAAUUGUUACCAUGGUUCUUUGCAGUUAUAGCACUCUUCCUCUUUAUGCUCUUGUAACUCAGAUGGGAUCGCGCAUGAAGAAGUCUGUCUUUGAUGAGCAAACAUCCAAAGAACUCGAGAAAUCUCACACAACAAUUAUGAAGAAUCAAGGACAGAAAACAGAGAAAAAUCCUUCUUCUCGAACCCUCGGAGGAAACCCAAAUAGCUUUAGUAAGUCAUUGAAGCAUCACUCGUCUGGUCCAAUUCUACACCGUUUUUUGUCUGCAGGACACUCGUCUCAUUCAACAGACUAUGUCAAGCUUCAAGUGCCUGAUGUCGAAAAUGACGAGAUAAUUAGGGUCGUUGAUAACCUUGGUAAUACUGAAAUGACUGUUUUGCCUACACUUGAUGAAUAUAGGUAGAAUGAUGAUCAAUCCGAAAAGGCAACUGACUUUUAGUUAUGUAUGAAUGGAUCUUAUUGGGUAUAUAUUUCGUUGAUCAAGAUCAUAGUACAAAUAGGGUGCUUAAAGUUUAGGUUAGUAGAGCUUAGAAUUCAAGGAUACGUUUGGAUUAACAAACGACAUACGUUGAAAGUUAGAAAUUCGUAAAUGUUUCUUGUAUACUUCUAUGUUCAAUAGUAGCCGUAUUUAGCCAGUCGAUAAGGUUCCUACAACAACUAAGGGCUACUCGUUCGAGCUCACCGUUCCUCAUUUGAGCAGAUUUUUAGUUUGAUCGUUCGAGCAAUCGAUUCUUCAAGUUUCACAUGAUGUUCUAUGCUUCAAUGUACAAGGCUCAAUGUUGUUCCAAAUUUUGAAUGCUCCAUGACAAAAUAAGUCUAGCAUCUUUACUUUAUCUUCCCGAGGCUUGACAACAAUAUUUAAAGAAAUAGCAGGUCUUGUAAGAGACGCUAAGACCAUUCAUACAAGAGUAUUAAGCCCAAUUAUAAUUUUUUUACAAUGCACAAUCACUAAUUGAUCGAUUAAAGGUUAUAAUUAAUACUUUAAGGUUAAAAUUUAUGUUUUUAAAAAGUUAUAGCUGAUAAAAAAAUUUUAAAAUAAAUUUAAUUUUGACUUAAAAGUGAUCAAUUUCAACUUAAAGUAUAUAACUUUAAAUAGUUAGUCUCUUAAGAGACGUAUUUCAAGCUCAGCUCAUUAAAGAGUAAUGCCUACUUA